CGUCAGAAAAACUCCACUAGUCCAGGUGACCUUAUCUCAUCGUUCAUUCAAUCAUUCUGAGUUCAUUUGAUUACCACACUUUGAGCUCGCGAGAAGGAGAGUUGAAGACGAUGAAAAUGGUGAUACUGGUUUUUCAUUAGGCCUGGCAUACCGUCAACCUUACGCCUUCUUUGAGAAUAGCAUCGUCAACCCGGUCUCUCCCUAGAAUUUCGGAUUGGUUUGAGAAACCCUAAGAAACCUCUUCUUUCGAGCAAACGAUUCGAGGACUCCUUGAGACCUUGACCUAUUCCGCGGUUUUCAUUCCGUUGCCUAAUCAUGGAAUCUGUGAGUCUAGAUUCACCCGAGGAAGUGAGGAACUGGCUUGAAUUGCCUGCGGACGUUUUAUAUCUGAUAUUUAUGAAGCUUGGUGCCAUUGAAGUCCUUGUCCGAGCUCAAGCUGUAUGUUCUUCAUGGAGGAAGCUUUCCAGAUCACCUCAACUUUGGCGAUGCAUAGAUAUGCGGGAAGUGCAGGAUUACUACCACACUGAUUAUGACGUAGAGAAUCUGGAGAAAAUGGCAUUGAAUGCCAUAGAUAGGAGCGACGGGCAAUUGAUCGAAUUUUCAGCGGAACAUUUUACAACCGACAAAGUUCUGGAGCGUAUCACCGAUAAGUCAAGUCCUCUAAGAUGCCUUCGGUUAGUGUCUUGCUAUAAGAUUUCAGAUGAAGGGUUGAUGGAAGCAGCUAAAAAGCUGCCCCUAUUGGAGGAGCUACAACUUUCCUACUGUUCAAUCUCAGAAGAAGCACUCGAAGCUGUGGGCAACUCGUGCCCUCAGUUGAAAUCCUUCAGAUUGAACUGCCACGGGUACAGGAGCCCACAUAUCGAGUCUAAUGAAGAAGCACAUGCUAUAUCAAAAAGCAUGCCUGAGUUACGCCACCUCCAUCUUUUUGGAAAUAAGCUGAAUAACGAUGGUCUGCAGGCCAUUCUUGAUGGUUGUCUCUAUCUUGAAUCCCUUGACCUCCGCCAGUGUUUCAAUGUUGAUCUAGCAGGAGACUUGGGAAAGAGAUGUGGAGAAAUGAUCAGACAUCUGAGACCUCCCAAUGAUUCCACCGAUGAUUAUGAGUUCAGUGCUGAAAUUCAUGAUGAUCCAUCUUUUGUUGAUUCGUUCUCAUCUGGAAUUUCUGACAUUUAUUAUGAUGAUUACUUUGGAUAUUUUGAUGAUAGUGGCCUCUCCGACUACGAAGAUUUCAGCUUUGAGCCCUUUAUAUUGGUUUGAUGGUGUUCACCUAAUCACAUCAUAGAUUUGAAGACUGAAGAAAAAUUUGGGAAGACCUGUUUUUGGAUGGAGUGCAGGUCCAGCUGGUUUCCAGGCUCUGUUCCUCUUAAAGCAAGAAAGCACAGUUUUCUUAUUGUGACUAGCUUAACAUGCCCUUGGAUAGGUUAAUUAGAAAAUCAAUAUGAGCUUUAUGGAAUAAUCCUGGAUUACCAAUGGCUGCAUUCAUCAUUUUCUGAUAUUAUUCGGAGGGGUGGGGGAGAAUUGGGGUUUUGUGCAGAAACAUGAAGUUAUUUUCUAUUCACAGUUGAUGUUAAAUCUUAAUUAUUUUUUAUUUUUUGUAGGCUUUGUUGAUGCGAAGAACGGCAUGAUGAUUAUCUGUCUUUUGAUUUUCACAAUAAUGGGGUACCCCUCCUUAAGGACAGAAUGUAGAAUGAAAUGAUCGAUUUGGUAUAGCUAACUCCCAGAAUAUUAUCUUGGGCGAGUUACUAUGUUUGUAUUUAUUCUUUUCUGUGGGUAAAUGUUGUGUAUGUUUAAUUGUUUAUUGUCCAAAUACUCUUUGAUUUGGAUGCCA